CAUUAUAUAACAAACUAUUGUCUUUCACCAACCAUCUUCCUCCUCCAUCAUCUAUAUCUCAUUUCUAAAGAAGAAAAACAAUACACUCUUUGAUAAGUUUAGUGUGUGUGUGUGUGUUUUACUAGGUUUGUUAGAAUACAACAAUAAUGAGGUAUAGAAUGGAAAGAUUUGUGUUACUUCCAUUUUCUGUGGGUUGCAUCUCUGAAUCAAGUGUUGCAGUUGGUCAUCAUCAUCAGCUUAAUAAAAGUCCAAGCCAUGAACCCAAGUUAACUCCCACAAGAAGCCAAAAAGAAGGAAAGGAGGAAGAGCGAGAAGAUGAAGAUGACAAAAGUUUGGAGGGUGAAAAUUUGAAGAAUACAUUAGGCCUUAUGGCCCUUCCCAAAUUUCAGAGGCUUUUUAAAAAUUUCAAAAAUUUGUCUCAGCUAUUUGUGGAUAAGGAAGAAAUGGAAGAAGAAGAAGAAGAGGAGGAGAUGGGAAUGGAAAUAGGAUUACCAACAGAUGUGAAGCAUGUAACUCACAUUGGAAUAGAUGGUGCUUCUACUUCUAUCCUUUCAACAAGAAAUUGGGAUAAUCUUAAAUCCCCUAAUGAUAAUUUCCUCACUCAUUUCCCUUUAUCUCCUUUUGCCAUGGCUCAUUCACCUCACUCCCCUAAUCACAUUUCCAUGGCUAGCUCCUCUUAAUUAAUUCAUUAAUUACCGCUUUUCACUUGUUCGCCACUGAAAAUACCAUUUUUCGUUCGACUUGUAUGUGUUAAGCAUGUCGCCAACGUUCAUCCCGAGCCAGGCCCAUUUUCCCGCUCUCAAAAAAGGAUCAAUUUGAAUGAAGUAAUUCUUAUAUGUUGGAAAAUUUGUGUCAAUGUUACCUUUAAUUGGUUCUUAUCAAAGUGUGGUACUUGGAUGGAUUACUUGCCUAUAGAGUUUGUUGGGUGGGGGAAAAAAGUUCAAAUCUAUAUUUGUUUCUUUUUUUACUUCAGUAAAAAAUAAAUAAGUUCAUUAUUAUUAA